UUUACUUACUUCUUUCUACAAAGCCCUUUCUAAAAUUAAAGUUAUCUGCUUAUUAGGCAUGACAUAUAUAUAUAGUCUCUACUGAGUAGAUUUUUUGUUUUAAGAUAGAUUCAAGUUACUUACGAACAGAUUUUUAUACUGAAUCAUAAUUUUUUUUUAAUCAUUUAUAUAAAAGAGUAAGGAGUAAAGCUAGAGUCAUCACCCAAAAAUAACAAUGGAAACAUUGAAACUGAAAAGUAGUGAUGGUGAUAUUUUCACUGUGGAUACAAAAGUUGCUUGUAUGAGUAAUUUAUUGAGUGAAAUGAUAAAUUGCAUUGAAGCUAGUAAUGAUGAUGAAGUAAUUCCAUGUGAUAACAUAAAUACACCUAUUUUGAAAAUGGUUAUAGACUACUGUAAACAUUAUACAGAAAAUCCACCAUCUAUUCUUCCUUUAGAUUAUGACAAUGCUACUUCACUUAAUGACAUUUCUUCUUGGGAUUACAAUUUUUUACAAACUGAAGAUAAAACUAUGUUAUUCGAUUUAGUGAAUGCUGCUCAUUUUUUAGAUAUUAAAAGUUUAGAACAAGUGACAUGUAAGAUGAUUGCUAACGAAAUUAAGGGAAAAACUACAGAACAAAUUCGUCAGAUGUUUAAAAUUGAAAAUGAUUUUACUCCAGCUGAAGAAGAAGAACUUAAACGUAAUACUGAAUGGGUUAAAGAAAAACCAUUUACAUGUCCUGAUCAUCCCAUAUAGUCUAAUGGAUUGAUAAAUUUUAACUUACUUCUUUCUACAAAGCCCUUUCUAAAAUUAAAGUUAUCUGCUUAUUAGGCAUGACAUAUAUAUAUAGUCUCUACUGAGUAGAUUUUUUGUUUUAAGAUAGAUUCAAGUUACUUACGAACAGAUUUUUAUACUGAAUCAUAAUUUUUUUUUAAUCAUUUAUAUAAAAGAGUAAGGAGUA